UCAACCUUGUCAACUUCAUAGGAUUGCCGUAAACAUAUCUGUCAUUGUAAAUUUAGAAUUGUAGUGGGAAGGAAUUGUCAUUUCUCGUCAUUUCAUAAGUUGAUUCGGCGUCAAAAGCUACAAAUUACAUUUGGGGACAUAAAGUGUAUUUGCUCAUUUGUGAAUAGAGAAGUGCGUUUGGAAUAAAUUAAAGACAUACAGAUUGCAUUAAAAAGAGAUACAUGUUGAUUUGCGUUGUAAAAUGAUUCAAACCAAAAACGAAUACUGGGCGUUUGCGUCAAGUGCAGCUUGCGCGCGGGUAUGGUAUUGUUUCAUUUCCGGUAGAUGGGAACUCCAUCAAUCAUCAUAUGUUUGUGCCGUUAAAAAGUGCUGGAUGUCAAAAGCGUAGAAAUUUUUCGGAUUGCGAAUUCCUCUUGUCGUUUUAGGUCGUUAACUUGUGAAAAGUUUUUAGCGCCGGUAUCACCGAGCUUAUUAACAGAAGCUGUUGUAGUUUGAUCGACACGGUAUCAUGCUAAUUAUCGUUGUGUAGUUAACCUUUCUAAUUUUGACGUGGAUUUGUCGUUGGAUACGUCUUCUAUCAAAAUUGGUCAUCAUACUACGUACAUUAAUUAUACCGCUGUAAUGCGUUCUGCAAUGAAUAGAGCCUGAUGUGAAGAAUAACAAUAAUAUAAUUCUUUGAGAGUGUGUGUGUGUGACAAUAGUUUAUUUUCCACUGCUGUUAGAUUUAAUCAUUGGUGCUUACAUCAUAUAUGGCCAAAAUGAAUAGAAGGCCUAAUACUGCAACUGCCAGAUUAAAGCAAGACUAUCUUCGAUUGAAAAAGGAUCCUGUUCCUUACGUUGUCGCCGAACCUGUACCUUCAAAUAUCCUGGAAUGGCACUAUGUUGUUAAUGGCCCAGAAAACACACCUUACGAAGGUGGAUUUUAUCAUGGAAAGCUUGUAUUCCCAAGGGAAUUCCCUUUCAAGCCACCGAGUAUAUACAUGACGACUCCAAAUGGCCGAUUCAAAGUCAAUACGAGACUUUGCCUCUCCAUAUCUGAUUUUCACCCAGACACCUGGAACCCGGCAUGGAGUGUAUCUACUAUAUUGACCGGUCUCCUCAGUUUCAUGAUCGAAACGAGUCCAACACUGGGUAGCAUAGAAACACCAGACCAUGAAAAAAGGUUAUUGGCGUCACAGAGCCUCGAGUAUAAUCUCAAGGACACAGUAUUUUGUGAACUGUUUCCUGACACUGUCACGUCCAUCAAAGCAGAACUGGAGCAUCGUAAAGAAUUAGAGAAGCAAGCUAGGCAUCAAUCAACAGCGUCUGAAGUAGCUUCUCUAAUUAGAGAUCAAUUUCAACGGGAACAGAGCCCGUUUCAAAGCGCACUCACUAACCUAGUUGUUAUCAUAGGUUUUGCCGCAUUUGCCUUUACUGUGAAGUAUGUUUUGAGAAGCAUUGCUGCUGAGUAGAAUUAAUUGUAGCUCUACCAUAGACACAGUGUUCUAUACUACUAAAAAUUUAUAAAGAACGUUCACCUUGCAUGCAGUCCCUUACAAACACUAGGAGCUUCGAAAGAUCUGAGAUCGAACAGCGGGCCAAGCAGACAUAGGUCAUUCUUCGUUAUUUCUGAAUAGAUCUGAAAGAAGAUUAUCACGCAGUGUGGAAAAGGAUUAUUUUAUCGAUGAACAUAGUUCCACGGUCAGAGUUUCAAUAAGUUUUAUCAUUCGUUCCUUAAAUGAAUAUGUUUUGUUUUCAUGUGUAUAUUUUCUGUUUUCAAUAAUUAUAUGCGUUCACAUAUCGGCGGAUGUUUUAAUUACAUUUAACGUCGAACUUCCAGACAUUCAGUCACAAUAAUUAUUAACGUGUGUUGGCAAUAAAUCGUGGGUGUGAUACAAAAUCAGGGCAUAGUUUUGCUCGGCCAAAGCCUUUUAAUAUUCGUCAUGUGGAAGAUUGAAAAGCACCCUGAAUCAGGGAUAUAAUUAACGUACAGGAGUUACACUUACCGAUCUUGCUACUGCAUCAAAUAUGAAAGGAAAGUUAACAGUAAAAUUGGCAGAUGAAUGUAUUUCACCUUGGUAUGAAAAGAGCUAACAUCACCUCAAUAUUUUUAGGGUCGUACUAGGAAAUUUACGUGUGAUAAUGCCUAUCAAAGAUAAGCAUUCUAGUGCUGCUGCGGUACAAAAAACACUCGCUUAGCUGUCACCAUCAACGAUAUACAGAUGAUAUUGAUUUAAUAUAUCGAUGCAUCGAUAUAAUAAUAGAUCUAAUAGCCUAUUCUAAAACUAGAAUGAAUAAUGAUUAACAAUAUUAUCAUACUACAUGUAAAACUUGUACGAAACGUAUAAUAGCUUAUUAGAUAGAAUUUUCGGAACGAUAUAUAUUUGGGUUGAAGAAAGUUAUCGGGGAUCUGAUAUUUUUUUUAAUCAAAUCGAUGAUCAAAAUUUUUGUACUUGGGAAUUUGUCAAUUAUUCAAUCGCAUCUGUGCAUCAGUAUAUUAUUCAAACGAAGUAAAUGGUAUAGCUGGAAUCUUUGAAUUCGGAUUUUAAAGAGGAAAACGUUAAACGUUUUAAUGUAAAUAUAAAAUACUCGAGUGUUUAGUGGAAGUUCUUCAGAUUUAAAAUAUGAUUUGCUAAAAGUACGGAAGUUUCGAAUGACGUUUACCUGUAUUUUUAUAUAUUUUGUUUUCUUAACAAAUUCAUAACACUAAAAGAACAACGGAAUACCUUUAAGAAUUACAAUUUCCAACCCUUCCCUUCUGUAGCGAUCCCUGAGCGCUCAUAUACUGUAUGUACGCAUAUGUUACGAUCAUAUCCCGUUGGUGUAUAAUCGUCGCCACUAUUUAGGCUUUAAUUUGUAAAUGGGAACUAUUUUAACUAAUAUAAUGAUGUCAAUACCAUGUACGUUACUGCUGUAAUACUGUGAAAUACAUUAUUUGCUUAGAAAAA